AUGGCACCCGAUCGCAUCACCAACGCUAUUGACAGUUUGAUAGCCCACAUUGUACCCAGUGAUCCCAAUGAUCCUGAUGAAGUUGCACAAGAGCGCCAUGAUACCUGCUUUGAGAUUGUCAAGUCCAUACUAGACAGUCCAGCCUCCCCCGCUAUUUCUUCCGAUGUCAACCAUGCCUCCGAUCUUAUAAAACGAAAGCUUAUACAGAGCAAUCCUACGCAAGCCCUUCGCUUCUCUAACCUAUAUACACGACUACUAUCACUGCCAGUGUUGGAGCACAAAUGGGCAAUACUAUACCUUCUCUACCAGCUCGCUGAUUCUCCAGACCCCAACGAGCCCCUCCCGUUAAGCCCUGUAAAGCCAUCGGCGCCCAACUACAGAGAUGCCAUCAAUCGUGACGCCAUCAAACGGCAAGGCCGAGAACGUGCCACCAAGACGUCUAGGUUCGAGGAUGAACAGUUCAAGGAGGCAUUUCAGCCAGACGGGCUCAAGAAAUUUCCACCGAAGGAGAGCAAACAGCCGAGUAGAGAAGGGGAACCAUGCCCCGAGCCACCAAAAAGAGAUGUCUCAUUGAAAUCAACACUGUUGGCGAAUAACUAUUCAGAAAUAGAACCUCCAGAGUCCGUCAUUCUUAGAGAUUUGCCAUUCACUUUGCAAGGACUCUCAUCUACUACACUUCCCUUCUCGAAAUCAGACAUCAUCAAAUUACCAUCAACGCUUCCAUUACCAAUUGUUUCCCUGCUUCAUACUCUAGCGGAGCCGUCAUUGCUCUAUCGCGGCCUCGACGGCUUUUGCAAGACUCCUGCCAAAGGCCUACUUGGUCAAAGCCUGAGAGCAGCCAUUCACGGGGAACUCAAAUCUUACUUGAGUUUGAUUGCGACACUCGAAAGUCAAAUUCGAAGAGCUCUUGCGUCGCUCGAUGAUGAUGCACCAAGAGAAGGGAUUGGAAAAGCCGGAGUCACACUCAAGCGGUGUGUAGUGUGGACUCGCGAAGCAACAAUGGGCCUCAGGCUCAUGAGUCUAAUAGCUGAAGAAUCGGAGAAAAAGAGAGGCGGGCAGCUUGUGUCUCUAAUCCACAGCUUCUCAUCUUCUCAUGGGGAUCCCGUUGUUGCUGCUUUUGCUGAAAGGCUUCUGACAAGUUUUACACGGCCCUUUUACGACAUUCUACGACACUGGAUAUAUGAUGGUGAACUAUCUGAUCCCUUUCAGGAAUUCUUCGUUAGAGAGCAGUCUCCCAACAAAGACACAACCAAGGCUAAGGGCGCAGGUAACGUUUGGGAAGACAAGUAUGAAAUCGACACAGACAUGAUUCCCAGCAUCAUCACCCAGGAUUUUGCCCAGAAGGUUUUCUUGAUCGGGAAGUCUCUCAACUUCAUCAGACAUAGCUGCGGUGAUGCUAUGUGGGUGGAGGACUAUUCCAAGGCUGCUUCGAAGGAGUUGAGAUACGGCGAUACAGCCACCCUAGAAGCGUGGAUCGACGAGGCACACAAGACCACCAUGAAACGCCUGAUCGACCUGAUGGCCAACAAGUUCCACCUGUUCAAGCAUCUCCAGGCGUUGAAGAACUAUAUUCUAUUAGGCCAAGGAGAUUUCAUCGCCCUCUUAAUGGAAUCUCUAGCUGCUAAUCUUGAUCGCCCCGCUGGCGCACAGUACAGGCACACGCUGACGGCCCAACUGGAACAUGCUAUCCGAGGAUCAAACGCCCAAUACGAUUCUCCUGAAGUUCUACGCAGACUCGAUGCACGUAUGCUGCAGCUGUCACACGGUGACAUUGGCUGGGACUGUUUCACUCUUGAAUACAAGAUUGAUGCACCAGUCGAUGUCGUCGUGACAGAAUGGGGCAACAGGCAAUACCUCAAAGUAUUUAAUUUCCUCUGGCGUAUCAAGCGAGUUGAAUUUGCCGUGCUAUCAACCUGGCGGAAAUGCAUGACGGGUGCCCGUGGUGUCCUACAGAAUUCGGAUCCUGCAGUCUCGCAGGCGUGGAAAUCCACACGAGGUGUCCUCGCCGAGAUGAUUCACUUCGUGGGCCAGCUGCAGUACUACAUUCUGUUCGAGGUUAUCGAGUCAUCGUGGGGCGAACUUCAGAAGCGAAUCCACAAGGAAGACUGUACGCUGGACGACCUUAUCAAGGCACACACCCGGUAUCUCAACGACAUCACCCACAAAGGUCUCCUCGGAGCUAAGCGACGUACGCAUAGCUCUGACGAAGAUGACCGUACGACAUACAUGAUGCAGCUUGGCGAGAUUCUUCGCUUCAUGCUCAACUACCGAGACUCGGUUGAUGGACUUUAUAGUUGGAGUGUAUCAGAUUUCACACAGCGCCAGGAGGCUGAUGUGCGAAUCACUACACGACAUACGGACGAUCAUGACGGCCUCGAUACCCCAACAGCAGGCUCUGGUGCUGUCACAUCCGAGUUCCCAGUACUUCAAGAGCGCCUACGACACCUGGGUGCAUCGUUCCGAACUCGCGUUCAGAUUCUCCUUGGCGAUCUGGCAUAUCAACCUGAUGUUGAUAUGCGAUUCCUGGGUGUGGCAAUGAACUUCAACGAUGUUUAUCAGCCAACACGAAGAAAAUCCAAGGCGGCCCCGGGCACGGCUGCAACGACAAGAAGUGUUUCGACGAAUAGGGGUUGA